AUGGCACCCUCGGCCACCGAAACCGAGUGGGAUCACCAAUUCCACACCCUGCGCCGAGAGGACCUCUUCCGAAACCCUCCCAAGGAUCACACUGCAUAUCCUGCCCUCCAAUUAGCCGUCGACCCUCACCUCGAGUCCUUCAAUGGCUUGUUUCGCGACGAUGGCAAGCCAGGCCUGCUGGCGCAUGGUAUAGCCGACAUUGGCGCCAGAACAUACCUCGAUGGCGACGACCGCGCCUCGCCAGAUGGCAAGAAUCGCCUCACUAUCCGAUACAAAGACGUCUUCCUUCAGAAGCCUCAGGUGCCCCCUUCCAAUAAGAUGGCCCGGAACCGUCAGGUUUUCCCCGCCGAGUGCAGAGAACGCCAUGUAACAUAUCGAGGAAGGCUCUCAGCUACUCUCGAGUACCGCAUCAACGGCGGAGAUCCAGUUGAAUUUACUCGAGAGUUUGGCCAAGUACCUGUCAUGAUCAAGUCGAACCGAUGUCACCUGGAGAACAACUCGCCCGCGCUCCUCGUUGAGAGAAAGGAAGAAUCCGAGGAGCUUGGAGGAUACUUUAUCGUGAACGGUAUCGAGAAGAUUAUUCGAAUGCUGCAGUUGAACAAGCGAAACUUUCCCAUGGCCAUCAACCGACCUAGUUUCCAGAACCGUGGCCCUGGUUACACUCCCUAUGGUAUCAUUCUUCGUGCAGUUCGCCCCGACGAAACCUCUCAGACCAACGUCCUCCACUACCUCAGCGACGGAAACAUGACCUUCCGUUUCUCAUGGCGCAAGAACGAAUACCUUGUUCCCGUCAUGAUGAUCCUCAAGGCAUUGGUUGAGACCAAUGAUCGCGAAAUCUUCGAGGGACUGGUCGGUCCUGCUGGCUCCAAGUCCACCGAGAACACCUUCUUGACACACCGAAUCGAGCUGCUUCUACGGACGUACAAGUCAUACAACCUCUACAGCAAGUCGGAUACAAGAGCAUACCUGGGCGAGAAGUUCCGAGUUGUUCUGGGAGUGCCGGACACCAUGACCAACCUCGAGGUUGGAACUGAGUUCUUGCGAAGAAUUGUCUUGGUCCACCUUGGAAAUGUGGAUGUUACUGAAGAGCAGGAUAAGGAGAAGUUUAAGCUGCUUCUUUUCAUGAUCCGAAAGCUUUAUGCGCUUGUCGCUGGUGAUUGUGCUGUCGACAACCCCGAUGCCGUCCAGAACCAGGAGAUCUUGCUUGGUGGUUUCUUGUACGGACAGAUCCUCAAGGAAAGACUCGAUGAGUUCCUCAGCGUCAACGUUCGAGCAUCUUUGCGCGAUUACCUUCGAAGGAACCCCGGCGUUGCCUUCACCUCCGAGGAUUUCCGCAAGGAAUUCCCCAACAACAUUUUCCGCAAAGCCAACGAGAACCUUGGAAAUGCUCUAGAAUACUUCCUGUCAACAGGUAACUUGCAAAGCGCCUCAGGUCUUGAUUUGCAACAAACAGCAGGUUUCACAGUCGUGGCUGAGAAGCUCAACUUCUUGCGUUUCAUCAGCCAUUUCCGCAUGGUGCAUCGUGGUGCCUUCUUCGCCCAACUGAAGACUACGGCCGUCCGAAAGCUGCUCCCAGAGUCGUGGGGUUUUAUGUGUCCUGUCCACACUCCCGAUGGUGCUCCUUGUGGUCUUCUCAACCAUCUUGCGCACAAGUGUAAGAUCAUGACUGACUACGUCGAUGUGUCUCAUAUUGCUUCUCUCGCUCAGGAGCUUGGAAUCGUUGACGUUUCCUCGGCUUCGACUGAAGAGAAUGUCGUUGUCAUGCUUGAUGGCAAGAUUCUUGGUUUCUGUACCCCCAAGGAGUCUGUCAGAAUUGCGGACUGCUUCCGAUACUGGAAGGUUGAGGGUACUCAUGGAGUUCCUCUUCAACUUGAGAUUGGCUACGUUCCUCCAUCCAGGGGUGGAUCUUAUCCCGGUAUUUACAUGACAUCAACACCCGCAAGAAUGGUGCGCCCUGUUAAAUACCUUCCUCUUCAGAAGGAGGAUUGGGUUGGUCCUUAUGAGCAGCCUUACAUGUCUAUUGCCGUUGUGCCUCAGGAGGUCGAGUCUGGCAAGUCAACACAUGUCGAGUUCGACCCCACAAACAUGCUCUCGAUUCUCGCCAACAUGACACCCUUUUCCGAUUUCAACCAGUCUCCCCGAAACAUGUACCAGUGUCAGAUGGGUAAGCAAACCAUGGGAACUCCUGGCGCUGCUAUCCGCUACCGAACCGAUAACAAGUCCUAUCGCAUCCAAACUGGCCAAACACCCAUUGUGCGAGCACCUCUUCACAACACGUAUGGCUUCGACAACUUCCCCAACGGUAUGAAUGCCGUUGUUGCUGUCAUUUCUUAUACCGGAUACGACAUGGAUGACGCUAUGAUUCUCAACAAGAGUGCCCACGAGCGAGGCUUUGGCCAUGGUACAAUCUACAAGACGAAGAAGAUCUCACUCAAGGACGACUCUCGAACCAAGGCCACUAAGAGUGUCACCAAGGCCUUUGGCUUUGCCCCACACAGUUACGUGAGCGCUCAGUACCAGGGCAUGCUGGAUGACGAUGGUCUGCCUCACGUUGGUCGCCUGAUUCAAGAGGGAGACGUCAUCUGUGCCUGGCACACCGUGACUCCCGACUACAAUGGCAAACUGGUGAACCUCGAUGGCAUCACUCACUAUGAGAAGUACAAGGAUUCGGAGCAAGGGUUUGUCGAGGAAGUCCGCCUGAUCGGAGCCGAUUCAGGUAACGAGCCUCUGCAAACAAUCUCUGUCAAGUUCCGUAUUCCCCGAUCGCCCAUCAUUGGUGACAAGUUCUCUUCUCGACACGGACAGAAGGGUGUUGCCUCGCAAAAGUGGCCGACGAUGGACCUCCCCUUUUCUGAGACAGGCAUUUCCCCCGAUAUUAUUAUUAACCCCCACGCUUUCCCUUCUCGUAUGACGAUAGGCAUGUUUGUGGAGUCGCUGGCAGGCAAGGCUGGCGCGCUUCAUGGCCUUGCGCAAGACUCGACGCCGUUCAAGUUUGACGAAGAGAACACGGCAGGAGAUUACUUUGGCCACCAGCUGAUGAAGGCUGGGUACAACUACCACGGCAAUGAGCCCAUGUACUCGGGCAUCACUGGAGAGGAGCUCGCAGCUGAUAUUUACAUCGGAGUCGUCUACUACCAGCGACUGCGACACAUGGUGAACGACAAGUACCAGGUGCGAACCACAGGUCCAGUCGUGCCUACGACCGGUCAGCCUAUUAAGGGCCGAAAGAGGGGUGGUGGUAUUCGUGUCGGAGAAAUGGAGCGUGAUGCUCUGCUGGCACACGGAACUGCUUUCCUGCUUCAAGAUCGUUUGCUCAACUGCUCUGACUACUCGAAAUCGUGGAUCUGCCGCCGAUGUGGUUCGUUCCUCUCUGUGCAGCCAACAGUGUCACAGUUUGCGCCGGGCAAGAAGAAGGCCGCGAGCAUCGUACGAUGCCGUGCCUGUGCGGUCAAGCUGGACGACGCGGAGGGCAUCGAUCUUACCGAGAUCCAGGGUGAGAUUUGGGAGGACGGCCACGGUAACUCGUGGGUCGGAGGCGACCACACUACGCAAGUUGUUGUCCCUGGUGCGCUCAAGUUCCUUGAUGUUGAGCUUGCUGCGAUGGGCGUCAAGCUCAAGUACCGUGUGGACCGUGGCGAUGAGCCUCGGAAGGGUCCGAUGAGGCCCAUGGCAUUAGAUGGCGUUCGGGUUGGAAAAUAG